UGCAAGCAGGGGCUGCCCGCCCCCCGCCAGGCCCAGCCCGGCCGCGACCUGCUCGAGGAGUUCCAGCGCCGGGAGCCCUACAAGUACCUGCAGUUCGCCUACUUCAAGGCUAAUAACCUUCCAAAAGCUAUUGCAGCAGCUCACACGUUUCUCCUGAAGCAUCCAGAUGAUGAAAUGAUGCAAAGAAACAUGGCCUACUAUAAAAGCAUACCUGAUGCUGAGGAGCAUAUUAAAGACUUGGAGACAAAACCUUAUGAGAAUCUCUUUGUCAGGGCUGUGAGAGCAUACAACGGUGACAACUGGAGAACGUCCAUCUCGGACAUGGAACUGGCUCUUCCUGAUUUCUUCAAAGCCUACGAUGACUGUAUAGCAGCCUGUGAAGGCUCCCGAGAGAUCAAAGACUUCAAAGACUUCUAUCUCUCCAUUGCAGAUCAUUAUAUUGAAGUCCUUGCGUGCAAAGUGCAGUGCGAGAGUAACCUGACACCCAUUAUAGGAGGCUUUGUUGUUGAGAAAUUUGUGGCCACCAUGUACCAUUACUUGCAGUUUGCUUAUUAUAAAUUGAACGACAUGAAGAACGCAGCUUCUUGUGCUGCUAGUUACCUUCUGUUUGACCAGAAAGAUGAAGUAAUGAAACAGAACAUGGUAUAUUAUCAGUACCACAAAGAUAAAUGGGGACUUAAAGAAGAGGAUUUUCAGCCCAGAUCGGAGGCAGUUCGAUACCACAACAUAACCACACUCCAGUUGGAAAUGUAUGAAUUUGCAAAGGAACACCUGCUGGAUGAUGAUGAGGGUGAAGUUGUGGAAUUCCUUGAUGAGCUGUUAGAAGUAGAGGAAAAGAAGGAAUCCUGAUAAGUGGAAGCACCAGGAAGUAUUUUACAAAAGUGAAGACUCACCACCGUUGCUCCUUCCUACUGUUUUUGGUCACCUGUAGUUCCAGUUAGAUAUACCUCAAAGCUGCUCCUUUAAGCUCCGCCUUAAUGUCACAAGAUCCACUCCUGCAAGAUCACUUCCAUGCUGCACUGACUCUUCUGUGAGCAUGGCUUUUCACUGUGCCUUUACAGAAUUGGUGCAUAUGGGUUUUCCUCUUGAGCUUUCUUUCCUUUGCACAAACACAACAAAGCAGACUAUUUGUGUUUUCUGGGCUAAGACUAAGGUUCCUCAUUUCAGUGCUGUUCUACUAAGUUAUAACAGUACAGCUAAAUUCUGAAGAACUGUUGUCAGAUUAUGAACCACGGAAGACAUAACAGUUCCUCUAGACUUUCCGAACUAUGUAUUGUAUUAUUUAUGUAUGUCUUUUUCUGUGAUGAUGAAUAAAGCGAUACUGAAUCCC